AUGAUGUGGGCGGAGCCAGGUGCAAUGAGAGAUAUGGUGUGUGGCGCUACCAGCGAACUGUCGGCGAUGAGAGAUAUUGAAAUAUUUCGCGUGAUGCAGAAUGAACCAAGGCGAAAUUUUUGUGGAAACCCUGCUCCUCUUUGAAAGAAGAAGCUGAUGCAGAGGUAAUUUUGAUUACUUGGGAAAUUAAUAGUAAUUUUUUUCAUAAAAGUUAAGGACAUAUUUUUCAUGAAAAAUAAAAAAGUUAACGACCCUAUUUUAUACUUUUCCGGACCAAAAACAUGUAUGUCUGGAACUCUUAGCUCUAAUCUUUUUUUGAAUGUGAUAAUUUUAGCGCAAAUAUUGGUAUCAAAUUCCCGCCAAAAUUCCAUAUUUUUUUUCCAAAUCCCAGGAAAAAUCCCAAUUUUUUCCCUGUAAAUCUGUAAGCUGCACUAAAACCCCGAGAACCCUGCAUUAUUGCAUCUUCACAUUUCCCACCAUCCAUUCCAAGCUUCAAACUCCCCAUUUUCCCCGGCAAAACCCCCCGCCAAAAAGGUGCACCUCCACAGCCUCCACACCUGCGUGAAGUCUGCGUCUCACUCUCUCGUCGUUCGCUGAGUGAGAUGGAGCGCGUUUGCUGCACUCACUUUUUUCCAUUGAAAAAAAAACUUUUUCUUUAUUUUUUCGUGUUUUUUGGUCGCCACGAAUUUUUCCUGCGCUAAUACGAAGCUAAACUUCAAAAUAGAAGAGAUUUGGAAGACAAAGAUAUAUAAAACAUCUUAUUUCGAGUCGAAAUUCAAGGAGAACAUUCGAGCGGAAAAGUGAGUGUUUUUUCAACUUUUUUGAUUUCAAAUUUUUGAGCAAGAAAAAUAGUUUUACAGGUUAUGGGACACCUACAGAAGCACAAGUUGAGAAGGAGAAGUGUUCAACGAUCAAAAAACUCCAAAAUACAGCUCUUUGCGUUGUCCCAAAAGAUGGAAUUUUCAUACUGAAAUCGAUGCUUCCACCAAUACUGAACUUCCAAUAUCGAAAUAGUUGA